GUUCAUAACAGAUUAAAUAUUUUCAAAUUCAAUUUCUAGAUCAUGUUUCUCGAAAUUUUAUUGCUCGUCCUCUUGUUGGCGCUGUUGAGUUUUCUCAACAGGAAGCCUUCGUCAAUGCCUCCAGGUUCUUUUGGGUGGCCGGUGAUCGGAGAGCUGCCACCAAGAAAGCUGUCCCUUUCUGAGCACAUGAAGAAUCUGAGCCGACGAUAUGGCAACAUCUUCACAACGAAGUGGGGCGCCCGCACGUUUGUCGUGUUCGCAGACUUCGACCUCAUCAAGAAAGCCUUCCAGCAUCCAGACUUCCAGGGGCGGCCUGACUUUUUCUCCUUCAAGCUCCUGCAAAAAUUUGGACGAAGAGGCGUGGCAUUUACGGAUGGGGCGGAGUGGUCCGAGAAUAGACGCUUCCUGCUGCGGCAGCUCAAGUCCCUGGGGAUGGGCAAGACCGUCCUGGAGGACUCCAUCCAGCAGGAGGCGUCGUUGCUGGUGGGGCACCUCGAGAGGACCUGCCUGGACAAGCCUGCCGUCAUGGACUGCGCCAUCAACACGUCUGUUGUCAACGUCAUCUGGCAGAUGUUCGCUAGUACUCGCUAUGAAGUGGGGGACUCUGAGAUCGUGAAGUACUUCGAGGAUAUGGAUGUUCUCAUCGACAUUGUACAGAAAAGAAUGUUCUUUCUGGAUAUCUUUCCUGUCUUGACGAAUGUGCUGCCAAAAUUCAUACUGAACAUGUUCGUGGAUGUGAAGCUCGCUGAAAGAUACCUCCAAAAGUUGACUAGAAUGUCGGAGGACAAAAUUCGAGAACAUCUGGCCUCCCUGGACCCAGGCAACCCGCGUGACGUCAUCGAUCAUUUCUUGCUGGAAAAACCUGACCGCGACUCCACUGGCUACCUCACAGAACACGACGCUGAUCAACUGCACGGCAUGAUGAUAGAGAUGUUCAUGGCUGGGUCAGAGACGACGUCAUCUACCUUGCGCUGGAUGGUCCUCCUCCUGACAAUCUAUCCUGACGUACAGGCAAAGGCACAGCGAUGCCUGGACGAAGUCGUGCCUCUCACUCGCCUGCCUUGCCUGGCUGACAAACCACAACUGGAGUACGUAGACGCGAUGUUGCUCGACGUUCUGAGGCUGAGCUCCCUGGUGCCCACGUCCCUCAUUCAUGGCUCCACCUCUGACGUCGUCUUCGAGGGAUACAAUAUUCCUAAAGGUACCUGCCUGCUGGUGUGCAGUGAACUCUGCCAGAAGAACAAGUCCUUCUGGGAGAAGCCCGACCAACUUUACCCUGAGCAUUUCUUGGACGAAAAUGGAAAGCUGGAUGGCAAGAAAGAGAACUUCCUGCCUUUUUCAAUUGGACGGCGGCAGUGUUUGGGAGAGUCUCUGGCGCGCAUGGAGCUCUUCCUCUUCGCGACGGCCAUCUUGCAGAGGUUCAAAAUCGAGGCUCCAGAGGGCGCAAGGCUCGAGCCAAAAACUGACCCUUUUUCGACCGUAUUAAACCUUCCGGUUAAAUUCGAAGUGGUUCUCCGGAAAAGGAUUUGAACCGUGGAUUUUUGGCGAAAAUUAAACUCUUCGAGUUUAAAUUGAUUCUCCGAGGAAGGAUCAAAUGUUGCGACCGUACUUAACCAUCCGGAAAAAUUCAGAAUGAUGAUCAGGAAGAGGAUUUAAUCCGCCUACUUUGUUAGUCAACCUUCCUAGUCUAAAUAGGUUCUGUAAAAAGGGAUUAAGGUUGUGAAAUUCCAUCAAUCUAAUGCACUUAUAAAAAACUUUUGAAUUUUUUCAGGGUUCGAAGGAGUUAUCAAGGAUCGAAUUGAAAUUAUUCACUAUGUUCAUCUGAGAAUAAUUUUUGUAAAACUCUG